CCUCCUCCUCCGCCCACUCUCGCCGCGGUCUCAGGCGGCAGCGGCUUUGUCUCCCUGCUGGUCCCGGUGGCUCCCUCCCCCUAAGAGCUGCUGCUCGCGGAGGAAGCGGUGCGGGAGCUGUCCAGGAUCCCGGUGCUGAAAGCCGAGCGCCCAUCACCCAGCAUCACCAUGUAAGGGCCAUGCCCAGGGCUCGUCCUGGUGCAGCGCGGACAUGGAGGAAGACUUGUUCCAGCUCAGGCAGCUGCCGGUGGUGAAAUUCCGUCGCACAGGAGAGAGCGCAAGGUCAGAGGAUGAUACAACUUCAGGAGAGCAUGAUGUUCAGAUCGAGGGGGUCCGAGUGGGCCUAGAAGCAGUUGAACUGGAUGAUGGGGCAGCUGUGCCCAAGGAGUUUGCCAACCCCACUGAUGAUACCUUCAUGGUGGAAGAUGCAGUGGAAGCCAUUGGGUUUGGAAAAUUUCAGUGGAAGCUGUCUGUUCUCACCGGCUUGGCAUGGAUGGCCGACGCCAUGGAGAUGAUGCUCCUCAGCAUCCUGGCCCCGCAGCUGCACUGUGAGUGGCGGCUGCCCAGCUGGCAGGUGGCGCUGCUGACUUCGGUGGUCUUUGUUGGCAUGAUGUCCAGCUCCACACUCUGGGGAAACAUCUCAGACCAGUACGGCAGGAAAACAGGGCUGAAGAUCAGCGUGCUCUGGACCCUGUACUAUGGCAUCCUCAGUGCUUUUGCACCCGUGUACAGCUGGAUCCUGGUGCUCCGCGGCCUGGUGGGCUUUGGGAUCGGAGGGGUCCCCCAGUCGGUGACUUUGUAUGCUGAGUUCCUUCCCAUGAAAGCCAGAGCCAAAUGUAUUUUGCUGAUUGAGGUGUUCUGGGCCAUCGGGACGGUGUUCGAGGUCCUCCUGGCUGUGUUUGUGAUGCCCAGCCUGGGCUGGCGCUGGCUGCUCAUCCUCUCGGCCGUCCCACUGCUGCUCUUCGCUGUUCUGUGUUUCUGGCUGCCAGAGAGCGCUAGGUACGAUGUGCUGUCUGGAAACCAGGAAAAAGCAAUCGCCACUUUAAAGCGGAUAGCGACUGAAAAUGGAGCCCCCAUGCCUCUGGGAAAACUCAUCAUCUCCAGGCAGGAAGACCGAGGCAAGAUGAGGGACCUUUUCACACCCCACUUUCGCUGGACGACUCUCUUGCUGUGGUUUAUAUGGUUUUCCAACGCCUUCUCUUACUACGGCCUAGUUCUGCUCACCACCGAGCUCUUCCAGGCAGGCGACAUCUGUGGCAUCUCCAACAGGAAGAAGGCAGUGGAGGCAAAAUGCAGCUUGGCCUGUGAGUACUUGAGUGAGGAGGAUUACAUGGACCUGCUCUGGACCACCCUCUCGGAAUUCCCAGGUGUCCUCGUGACUCUGUGGAUCAUCGACCGCCUGGGCCGAAAGAAGACUAUGGCUCUGUGCUUCCUCAUCUUCUCCUUCUGCAGCCUCCUGCUGUUCAUCUGUGUUGGAAGAAAUGUGCUCACUCUGUUACUCUUCAUUGCAAGAGCGUUUAUUUCUGGAGGCUUCCAAGCAGCCUAUGUUUACACACCUGAGGUCUACCCCACGGCGACACGGGCACUGGGCCUGGGCACCUGCAGUGGCAUGGCGAGAGUGGGUGCCCUAAUUACUCCAUUCAUUGCUCAGGUGAUGCUGGAAUCUUCUGUGUACCUGACACUGGCGGUCUACAGUGGUUGCUGCCUCCUGGCUGCUGUGGCCUCCUGCUUUUUGCCCAUCGAGACUAAAGGCCGAGGACUGCAGGAGUCCAGCCACCGGGAGUGGGGCCAGGAGAUGGUUGGCCGAGGGACACACAGUGCAGGGGUUCCCAGGUCGAACUCUGGCUCUCAGGAAUAGUGACCUCUGGGGAUGUAGCUGGUCUGUGAGACUGUAGAGUCCAGAGAGCUGGCAGAGCCCAGCUGGGCCCCUCAUGGUCACUGCCAACACCAAGAACUCACCCAAGAGGACAAUGUGGACCAACAGGGUUUUGUGUCUUCACUGUGUUUGGCCAUGUUCAUUGAGGGUCCUCCACCCUAGAGAUGGGGGAGACCUUUACUCCAGGGGUUCUCUGUGUGGGGGAAGACUUGUGCAUAACUGGGGAAACUGCCACUGUGGGAGGGUCCUAGGGUGCCGAGAGCCGGCUGAGCAGACAUCAUACAGUUACCCAGUCACACCCUUGGCAAAUCACUACCCAAAGAUCGCCAUAGAUACAGUCCAGGCCCAGAUCCAUGUGACACCUGUCAUCCACUAAUCCCUGUUGUGCAGGGUUCUCCUGCACCCCAGCCCCAGGCUUUCUUCUUUGGAAUUGCAGGGGAGCCACAUGUUUGGCCUGAGCAGCUUUUCCUUGGGUCAGAGGUUCCCUGGAUGUCUCCCCAGGGCCUGCCUGAUAGAGAUUGGCAAUGAAUGUGCAUUUGGACCUGGCUGCUUCUGGAAUUGCUGUCUCUGGCCUCAGGGGAUCCAGCUGUGUCCCCGUGGAGAGCUAGGCUCCCACUGGGUGACAACCUCAGAAAGUGGUUACCCCAUCUCCAACCUGGAAAUUGGAGACUGAGGCCCAAUGGUGGGAGACUCAAGCCCAAAGACAAAGCCAGAGUCUCUCCUGAACCAGUAAAAGUCAUGUCGGGGGCCUCUUUCCUGUCUCCUUCCUUAGCCACACUGAAAGGUGACUCCUGUAAAAAAAGGGCUUGCUCAGGCCUCAGGACUUUGCACUGUGUGCAGAGGUAGACAGCUGUACAGGCAGAAGAAUCUCAAGGAUGUGACACCAACCACAGGCUCUGGUCAAUCAUGGGACGCAGGAUCCCCCAGUGCCAGCAGUGUCUGUCCCCACUUGCUCUCCUGCCCCCUCCACCAAGGGCUGUCCUGGUCCAACACAGCUGCUCCUGGGAGCAUACCUAUGGCGUCCACAGUGAGGAUGCCCUAGCGUUUGGAGAAUCCGCUUCUGAGGAGGAAGUGGAGGCCAUUGUUUUGGCCUUGGGAAGAAGGACUAGAGCUAGGUCUGGGCAGACCACAUGUACUCCCAGGUUCUAGAGCAUCUUUGGUGAGGGUAAAAAACCCACAGACAAAGGCAGGAAGCUACCAGGUCCCAUCAAAGGCCAGAGAAAGCUGACCCACUGCUCAACAUAAGCACUGCAAGAAAGCCAGAUGUGCGUUCAUCUCUUAUUAAAAUGUUGGUGACAGACA